AUGGGUCCAGAAAUACCAACACCGACUCCAAUCACAGGAAUCACAACCCCAGGUGGGAAGCCUGGAUUACGUCGACCUUUGGCCGUAUUUCAAAAAGAGCAAAAGCUAGCUUUCUCUCUGUAUGUUCAAGCAUUACUCGCCUGGCAACAGGCGGGCAACGACAAAGACGACCGGGAUAAUGGUACUGGAACAAGCUAUUUCCAAGUCACCGGAAUUCAUGGUGUUCCACCUGUCAAGUGGCAGAAUGAUCCCGCCGAACCAUUCGAACAGGAUGUCCCAGUAGGCUAUUGCACGCAUCGUAGUACAUUGUUCAUUCCGUGGCAUCGUCCAUAUCUGAUGCUUUACGAGCAAAUAAUCUAUGCGUACGCGAAGGACAUUGUCGAUCAUUCUACAGGUAGCGCAAAGGAAGCUUAUGCUGCCGCUCUCCCAGAGGUUCGCCUACCAUAUUGGGACUGGGCAUCCAAUUCUUCUCUUCCCGACGCCAUCAAAACUCCAGACAUCACUAUAUCCGUUCCAGGCGAUCAGCCUGGAACGUUGAAAGACCUCCACCUUGACCACAAUCCUCUCUGGUCCUACAAGUUCCAAUCUGAGUAUGCCAAAAGCAUUGUCCAGAAACAGAUGGAGUGGGAUAACAAGGAGCCCUGGACGGAGUCUAAGCGUUGUCCUGACCCAGAUGGAACCUCCAACAUAGGUAUAUGUGACCUGCAGAUGAUCACCAUAGGCAGACAGUUCACCGAAACGACCUGGAAUCUAUUACUUCGGAGUACGGACUUCGAUGAGCUAACCUGUCAAGCUUGGAGAGGCUCAAACGGAGCAACAGCCUACAGCUCCAUCGAGGUCAUGCAUAACAACAUACACAAUUUCUCUGGCUCGCAGGCGACGCUCUUCAAACCGGACUACGAGGGCCCGCUCAAGUUAGGCAGUAUGACUGAAGUCCAAGCAAGCUCAUUCGAUCCUAUCUUCUGGUUACACCACGUCAACUGUGACAGACUUGUAGCGCUGUGGCAAGCAAGGCAGACAGAGGUGACUAUUCAUCCUUAUCCAUCGCUGCUGCCCCGCUUCAAUGCCGGUGCACAGACAGUAGAAGAUGGUAACUCUCGUCUGGAGCCAUGGCACAAGGAUAAUUCAGCCAGCAUCAACUCAUAUUGGAUUGCCAACGAUGCCAAAGAUCUUAUCAGCACAUUCAAUGGCGGCUAUUACUAUCCCGAGACACCUCUGGAGUUCAUCAAUGAUCCUACUUUGAUGUACGUUGCUGUGACAAACGCAAUCGAAAAACUGUACAGACCUGGCUAUCUCCCUCCUGCUCCACCAAUCAGCGCUAAACCGCCAUCUGCUGAACCUCCUAGUGAGGGACAACCACCCAAAGCGCCAAUGGAUGGGCAGCCUCCUGUAGGAGCGCCGCCGGAACCACCAAGAGGUGCAAACCCGGCAGAAACGACCAAGGUGUGGGAGGCCUUUGUUCGCGUGAAGAACUUUGCUCUGACUGGCACUUGGGUCAUCUACAUCUUCCUUGGGCAGAUUCCAGAAGAUUCCAAUGAAUGGUUCAUGUCCAAGAAUCAGGUCGGUGUCAUCAGUUUGUUGUCUACCCUUGACAGAACAAGCUGUGAAAAUUGUCUGUCGCAGUCCGAAAGAGACCAGCUCGUCACUGGUACUGCUCCUCUCAGCGGAGUCUUGCACGACAGAGGAAUCGAUGUAAGCGACGAAGAUGCCGUCGUAAAGUACUUGAAGAAGAAUCUUGGUUGGCGGAUCGUAAAGGAUAUCAAGAACGUCCCGAUCAAAGAUGACUUCAAUCUUACAGUCGGUGUCAGCUCUCAGGACCUGACACUACCAGCAGCAGGAUCUGGACCGCCAAGCUUCGGUGAUUCAAAGACCUAUCCCAGCAUCACCGCCGGUAAGCGAGGGGGGUUAGAUGAACAUAGUCGGAGUGCUUUGUUUGGCGAGCCAGCUUAA